AUAUCCUUUGUAUGUUCUCGGUGCGUGAUAAAUUUAGAAUCAAAACAAAAUUAGCAUAUGUGCUUGUUACCUAGAUUGGAGGUGUAAAAGUGACAGAAGAACUUGUAGUAAAUGACUUCUUUACUGUUAAAGUGUUUUGUGUUGCUUGCCAUUUCUUUGCUGUUAGAUGCAAAAAAUGGAAGCAAAAGCCAACCAAGUGCAUGCUUCUGCAAGCUUCAGGGAGAGGUGGAUGACUGUUCCUGUAAAGUAGAGAACCUGGACUCCCUCAACAACAGAAAGGUCUAUCCCGUCCUGAAGAGCCUGCUACAGAGGGACUACUUUCGAUACUUUAAGGUGAAUUUGAUGAAACCAUGCCCAUUUUGGUCGGACGACAGUCGCUGUGCUCUAAAGGACUGCCAUGUUCAGUCUUGUACAGAGGAUCAAGUACCUGAGGGUUUGAAGGGACAUAAAAAUGAAAGGGAACCCAACAAGUACUCUAAGGAAGCUCAGAAGGAGGAGCCGAACUGUAAUGAGGAGAGAAAGCUGGGGGCUCUAGACAGAACCAUCAGUGCAGAGAGCAUGGAGGCCUUUAAGAACUGGACCCAACACGAUGACAAGCAGGAAACCUUUUGUGAAAUAGAUGAUGAAUACACCCCAGAUUGUCAGUAUGUGGAUCUGCUGUUGAACCCAGAGAGAUACACUGGCUAUAAAGGAGCAUCCCCUCACCGAAUCUGGAAGAGUAUAUAUGAGGAAAACUGCUUCAAACCAGAAAAAUUGGUAUAUGGAUCUAAGAAAAGUCUAGCAGGCUCAAUGGAAGGUCUUUGUUUGGAGCAGCGGGCGUUCUACAGACUGGUUUCUGGUCUCCAUACCAGCAUCAACCUUCAUCUCUGCAACGAGUACCUCUUUCCUGCAAAAAACCUACUGUCUGCACCUGAAUUUGGCCCAAACACUGAGGAGUUCAUUCGGCGAUUUGACCCCAAACCCACCAAAGGUCAAGGACCACAGAGGCUGAAAAACCUCUACUUCACCUACUUGGUAGAGUUGCGGGCCCUGGUGAAGGCUGCUCCUUACCUAGAAGAGGAAGACUUUUUUACCGGAAAUCCUGAGGAGGACAAAGACGUGAAGGAAGGGGUCAAGGACUUCCUGGAAAUCAUCAAGUCAUUUCCAGACCACUUUGAUGAGAGUAAACUCUUUAAGGGGGACCCAAAAGUUGCUGAAAAACUAAAGACUGAAUUCCGAGAGCAUUUUAGGAAUAUCUCCAGAAUUAUGGACUGUGUUGGUUGUGACAAAUGUAAACUAUGGGGAAAAUUACAGGUACAAGGCAUGGGGACAGCCCUGAAGAUCCUGUUCUCCGGGGACAGGAUUGGGUUGGAGUCCACAGUUAAUGCUCAUCACAAGCAGAGAUUCCAGCUCAGAAGAUCGGAAAUUGUCUCCCUUUUUAAUGCUUUCGGAAGGCUUUCCAGUAGCAUCCAAACCAUAGAAAAAUUCAGAAAGCUGACCAGCUGACAGGGGAUGGAUAAGAAGUAGUUCAGAAUCUCUGGAAUCUUAAUGACUACUGACUACAACAAUGGAUCUCAGCUCUAAACUUACCUGUCUGUGUAAAUCCAUGCUAGAUUUAAAGUGGAAAAUAUCUUCUCAUAAAGAAAAUCCCCUGCUGUAGAAAAAUAAAAACCCUUAAGUUUUGGAAGACCAACCUUUCUGUCUCAUGUUAGAAUGUUUUAGUAUGGUAGGUAUUUAAGAUUUUUCACGCAAUUUUCAUUCAGUAUUUUGUUGUUUUUCAAGAUAGAUUUUGUCAUAAUUGUUCUUUGCUGUUACUAUAAAGGUUUUACAUUCCAUGUACAUUUUAAUGGGACCCACCGUUUAAUAACCUUAUCUAAUUCAAUAGUUCCUUUUUCUGUUUCUUUUUUCUGAGAGCUAGGUGAAAUAUAUUUUGUGUAUAACAUCUGGUACAAGUAGAUUUCCCAAAUAUUAAGAAGUAGUACAGUGUGGUGAGUUAGAUUUUUAAGCAGUGCAAUAUCUGAGGAACACAAACUCUGUAAUAGAUUGUGUAUACUGAAUCUUUUUAUCUAUGUGAUAUUUUUAACUCUGAUGAAAUCAUACUUGCUCUUUAUUGUCUGUAAUGUUUGAUUUCACACAGAAUAUAAUAUGGUUGAGGAAUUUAUAUGCUGUAUUUUUAUGACAAGAGUUCUCUAUUAGCCUUGUUAUAAAAUAUAUGACAAUAAAUACAUGUACAUGUUCUACAUGUAUGUAUUGUUGAUGAAGUUAUGAUAUUGUGCAGUUUUCCCUAUAAUUUAUUACCAAUGUAUAACGUUGUCACGUGAGUAAGAGGAAAAAUUGAUUUUUAAAACAAUGGGACUACUUCUAUAUAGCUCAUCUGUUUUGUUUGUUAUUAUGGAACUAUCUUUACACAUGUUUCUUCUUGUGUUCAUGAAAGGUGCUGAGUAAGGGUAAUGCAUUGGAAACAGCUCAAAAAUAAGAGAACUUUUGAUAGAUUAUAAUGCAAAUGAAUGUUCUCUUAAAAUUCUUGACAUUAAGAAUUCACUGGUUCUUUGUUCAUACUAUGCAUACCAUAUUCUUACUUUUUUCAGUCCUCAUAUCUAAAGGCAUGCUUUUUUAAAGUCUCUUAUUUGCUCUUUUUGUAAUGUUUAUAAAAUAUUGUAAAUCUUCAAUAUAAUUGUAUCAUACAUUUUACAGGAAAAUUAUUAUACAGUAGGAAAGAAGUUAUAAUUUCAUAACAUUUUAAAAAAUAUUGGUACACCUGUAUUUUUCAAAACUCAAUGGAAAAUUUUUAACAAAAUGGGGGGGGGGAGGCUUUUGGCCACUGGAUUGGCACCAACACUUCACCAAAAAUGCUACUCAAAUGAACCACCUACUAGAUUGACUUUUUGUUGUAAUGGACAUGCAAAUUGUAAAGACAUGUACAUGUUGAGUACUGUGAUAUUGUUGAAAUGUACUAUAUUCCCUUCUUUAGAUGAUAUUAUUUUUGUUAUUUCAUUCACAUACGCAGAUAAAGUAUAACGGUGCAGAUGUCUUAAAUUUAAAAGAUUAGGGUGUACAUUUU